GCCAAGUAGUGAGUUGUGUGAUAUAGCAGCGAGUAGACGGACGGUAUGCGAUGGGAGCAGUGGUGUGGUGCGUUGGCGACGAGGGUCGCUGUGUGCCGCUGCGGCUCGACGCAAUUCGCCUGUCAGGUGCGGUCACCCGGCCACACCUUGAGGCCGUCUCCGAGUUUAUACGACUAGCGGUCAGCCAUCGACUGGUGCUAUCGCCGCAUCCGCCCCGCGAGCCGUGUCGGACCUCCGACUCCGACACCAACCAACCAACUAGUGCUAGUUUUAGUAUACAAAUAAACGGUCUAAACAAUAAUAACUCAGAACAAGCUAAUUUAAUAAACAAUAAUAACUCAGAACAAGUUAAUUUAAAUAAUAUUAGUAAUGAAGACAGUGAAACUAGUGAUGUUGAUAACAGUAGUGCUUCGUCAGUGGAGGCGGCGACUUGUGAUGGAGGCGGCAGCAGCGCUAGUAGUGAAGCAAGCAGUGCCGCCCCUCAAAGACAUUGGUGCUCCAAGAGUCAGGAGAAACGUAUGCAGAGGCUGCGUGAGGCCUGGGCCAGGAACACACGAAAACUGAGCACCGGCUCCUCGUCCUAUUGUGUUUUCGAUUAUCAAUCAUGGUAUUUUGGCAAAAUAAAACGAAUUGAAGCUGAAAAGAAACUGCUACUGCCAGAAAAUGACCAUGGAGCUUUCCUUAUUCGUGACUCGGAAAGUCGCCGCAAUGACUACUCACUUUCAGUGCGCGAUGGCGACACAGUGAAGCAUUAUCGGAUUCGACAAUUGGACGAGGGAGGCUUCUUCAUAGCGAGGAAGACGACUUUCCGCUCGCUGCAGGAGUUGGUAGAGCACUAUGGCACUGACGCCGACGGUCUCUGUGUCAACCUCCGCAAGCCAUGUGUUCAGGUUAGUCUCAACAUCGAAAAGCCGGUUACAGGAGGUCUGUCUCACAGCACCAGGGACCAAUGGGAGAUUGAUCGCUCCUCUUUGAAGUUUGUGCGCAAACUCGGUCACGGCCAGUUCGGUGAAGUCUGGGAGGGACUCUGGAACAACACUACUCCUGUUGCAAUUAAAACUCUCAAACCUGGUACCAUGGAUCCAAAGGAUUUCCUCGCUGAGGCACAAAUAAUGAAGAAAUUACGGCAUACAAAGUUGAUUCAACUGUAUGCUGUGUGUACAAUGGAGGAGCCCAUAUACAUCAUAACCGAACUCAUGAAAAACGGAAGUUUGCUUGACUAUCUUCAAGGCAAAGGAAGAGUUUUGAAAUUACCACAGUUGAUCGACAUGGCAGCUCAGAUAGCUGCAGGAAUGGCCUACCUGGAGUCUCAGAACUACAUCCAUCGCGACCUGGCAGCUCGGAAUGUCCUCGUUGGAGAUGGAACCAUCGUCAAAAUAGCCGAUUUCGGUUUGGCUAGGCUCAUCAAGGAGGAUGAGUACGAGGCACGGGUCGGCGCCCGCUUCCCGAUCAAGUGGACUGCGCCCGAGGCGGCCAACUACAGCAAGUUCUCCAUCAAAUCCGACGUCUGGUCGUUCGGCAUCCUCCUCACCGAACUGGUUACCUACGGCCGCAUACCUUAUCCAGGAAUGACGAACGCGGAAGUGCUGCACCAAGUGGAGCAUGGCUACCGCAUGCCUUGUCCGCCGAGCUGCCCGACUGCACUCUACGACAUCAUGCUCGAGUGCUGGCACAAGGACCCCAUGAAGCGACCCACCUUCGAGACGCUGCAGUGGAAGCUCGAGGACUUCUUCACCCUGGAGGGCUCCGAGUACAAAGAGGCGUCCGCCUACUGAGAACACGCCCACCUCCCGAACUGGAAUCGUCUGCGCAUGCCCUUGCCGCCUCACUAAACCUAGUUUAGCCGAACAAUCGGUUAGCGUCUUUUCAUUCGUUUACUUUAGCUAGCUGAUCAAUUAUAUUCUUUUCAUUCGUUAGUUAGCUGCAGUGGCGAAGCUACUAGUCUAGGAACACUAAAGCUUACGGCUUACUUCUUUCAGAGCUGUAUAAUUCAUCAGAUCAUUACACUCAUCCAUUGUAUAAUUAUCAAGAAAUAAGCAAUUAUGCUAAAGGUUCAACAAAUUAAAGAUAAAAUUCCGGAAUUGAAAAAGGAUUUGGUUUCAUUAUUGUUGAGUAAACCAAAGCAAACCGCCAAAACCGAGUUGUAGGUUAAGAAAAAGACACGAGCCACAAACCAACUGAUUUAUUUGAAAUAUUGAAAUCUUCAAAUUUUGAAAAGCAUCGAUGUUUGAAGUUGAUUGCUUCGAUGUCGACCGUUGGAUACAUCGAGAUCUAGACAUCGAUACGGACGGAACUCGAACUAUGAACACAGUUGUAGAGAGCUGCUGAGAGCCUAGACUCCAAGUCCUACUUCGUAGCUAUGGUGCUACGUCACGUUGUCAUAGCAACCAUACAAUACGCCACGCCCAUUAUGAAUGAAUUGAGAGUCUAAUAAGUAAGAGACUCAUCAUGUUGAAUGAAUAGAUAGCCAGUCGGCUCAUCGGCUGUCGGCCAGACAGAGAGCCACAAAACAGUUUGGAAGGCGGUCUGGCCAGCUCUUAUCCAAGUUUGCAAUGAAAUAUAUGCGUACUAAUAGAAAAUAAUAUAACCACAUCAAUCAUAAUUAAUUUUGGGGAGUCUCAGACUCUUAGAUUCCCCUUUAGCUUCGCCACUGGUUAGCUGAUCAAUUGGUUAGCGCCUUUUUUUUAUUUGUUCACAUCAGUUAGCUAACCUAUUCAAGUUAGCACUUUGUGUUUCGUUUACAUCACAUCUUAAGGAGUCUGAAAUCUGGUAGCUCAACUGAAAAAGGUCUGGUCGUGACCAUUUCUAAUUUAAUACCGCAGUUUAAGGUCCGUAUUAGACUAUCAAAUAUUUUAUAAAAAAUAAUUUUUACUGUAUAUAAUAUAUAACAUGUGAAUGUUUGAUGGUCUGAUACCAGCUUUAUUAAAGAACCGCUCAUCAGAUAUUUGAUGAACAAUAGUUGAAAAUCUUUUUAAAAUUUUCUUCCAAUAUUCUAUGAAAUAUUGAAAUAUUCAUAUGGGGUUCGAGAAAUAUUGUAUAUUGGGAUUUCAAGGAGAAUGGUAACGUUGCAUAACUAGAUAGGUUCUGACAACUCUUUACUCCUAGUUGAAACAUUACCAUCAUGAACUACAUCAAACACUAGUUCAUGAUGGAAAUUGUUAAGUGAGUAAAUUUGAAAUAAAUAGGUUGAAAUAACCUAAAUUCAAUCAAAACCUUGAUAAAAUAUUUCAAUCUUGUAAAAUAUAUCUGACAUCUUAUAGAUAUCUGGAGAUCUUCGAAUGCUCAACUUUAGUCUUUCAUCAGUUGAGAGUGAGAGGGAGCAUUAUAACACCAUUUUCUCUAAAAGAGAGAGUGAAAGCGUCAUCUACUACUAUCACUUGAAGGAGAUAACUGUAGACUACACUGUAAUAAUAACAGUUAUCUCUUACAUUACUCUAUUAAUUGUCGAUUGGCAAAUCACCAAUCUCAACCACAUUAAAUCAUUAGUAUUUUUUGACUAUUAAUAAAUUGGUAAUAAUUACCAAUUCAACUACUUAGUUAAUUAAUAUUCAACUACUUAGUUGGUAAGUCACCAAAAAAUGCAUAAAAUCACUGUAUACUAAUGUCUUUUAUCGUUAAGAUUUUACCCAAGUGUUCAUUCUUCCAGGAAGUUCAAAGCGCUAGGUCUUUUAUUUUUAUUUUGUGCGCUACUUGUAAAACAUAAUACGAUUUCAGACUCCAUGACGCUAUUACUUUUUUCAUUUUUAUUCUUCGGAUUAUUUUUAACUUACUUUCGGAUUCUUAUCUAAGUUACUAUUUGACUUUUUCAUUUAUAUUUCGGACAUUCAACUAGAAUAUUGUAUUUAUAUUUUCCUAGUUUCAAUGAACGUGAACUAUAAUUGCAUUUAAUGUUUCCGUUGGUUGCCCUUCUACUGGUUCUUGGUUACUUCUAAUUAUUUGUGGCUUCAGUUGAGCUGAGAUGAUGUGGCAUAAAGGACUUGACGAAUUCGGGAAAGGUGGGAAACAAACAAUGAACAUUACGGUCUACCUAAAAAACUUUUACUAGAUAACAUAGAUUACCUAUUUGAAUCGUAUUUGAUAUAGUGUAAUAGUUUUAAAAAAUAUCAGCAUUUUAUAAUAAUUGAAUACUUCAAUGAACAAGUUUGUCAGUUUCCUAAAUAUCUUCACUUAAAAUAGGUAAUGAAAAAUUAUUGUCCAUAUUGUUGCUUUAUUGAAUUUGGUCAUUUUUGCUUGUAAUAAGGUAAUUAAUUACCUCUCCAGCUGUGCUAUUUGAAAAUAUUUUUGUUACUGCAAUACUUCAUCUUGAGUUGUUCUCUUAUCCAAAACAACAAAAAUUAUUCUUUAAUAAUAUUACAGUCAGUAUAUAAGAAUUGGAGCAAUAUUUCACAAAUACAUUAUCACAAUUCGUAAUAUCAUACAGUAUAGUAAAUUUAAAUGGUGUAAAUUGUAUCUUAUAAAAUAAUCAAUUCUGCUUAAUACAUCAACAUUUCAUUAUUCAGUUUUAAAGCCUCUGAGUUAUUAUAUUUGUCAGCUAGUCAUAAGAAUUUUCUCAAUGAAGGAUUUAGUGAAUUCUGUGAUACACUAUUCAUGUUUGAUAAAUUUUUCAGUCGAAUGAAAUGAAAAUCAGAAUCACGUAUCAGUUCAAUUGCGUUAAUAUUAUUUCAAUCAAAUAACAAAUGUUAAUGUAUAAUAAACUCACACACAGUACUCUUCAUACAAGAUGUUUUUUUAUAGUUUUUCACAACUAAUUGAAUUGCAAUUUCCACUUUGAAUUACCCAAGUCACAUGAUGAAUAUGCUUUUAAAAAUGGCUAGUAAAUCCAUAAGAAUGUUUAAUCGUUGAAGCCUAUUAAUCAUGAAUUACUGUAAAUAUAUGAAUAAAAUUACAUUAAUGAAAUAAUUAUUAUACUAAGUUAUCAGGAAUUGGCAAUGAAAUAACUCUUGCAAUUACAUCAACAGAACAAUUAUUUUAUAUUAUUCUCUCAUAAUAUCAAGAAAAUGUGAUAAAAUAAUUAAAUUUCCAAAUAAUAUUGCAUUUAUAAUUCAAUGAUUGGAAUGAUCCAUAUAACAUCGCCUAGAACAAAAGUGUAUUGUUUGUAGCACAGUUUUUAUAUUGUUUGUAAUUAUUGUAGAUAAAAUGAGAACUAUUGUUCGAAUAGCAUUUAAUACGCAUGUCAUUUCGCGAAUUAUGCAUUUGAUUUUCAGCCAAUUUUCAACUGUAUUUUUUUUUUUUUUAAUAUAUAAUUAAAUAUUUGGAUUUCUAAGAAAUUAUUUUUGAACUCAGUUAUGACAUUGAAGUUCUUCAACAAUUUGCUAAGAAGUUUCUUUCUUUUUUACUCAUUGGUUCAAUAAUGAUUUGAAUGUCUUUCCUGAAAGUACAAAAUGCAAUUUAGUGCAUUAGUAAAUACAAAUAAAUGUGUAAAAUGAUGUUAAAUAAAUAAAAAUUAAUAUUCUACUUAUUCUCGACUCUCAUCUAAAAUCUUAUCAUAAUUCGGAGCUUACAUGCAUGAUAAUGUAGAUAACCUGAAUGUAUCCUAUAAGUAGUCUUUUUUGAAUAAUAGUUGUGCAAUUAGUUUGGUGGAAUUCGUAAAAAUUGGAGUGAUUGCAGGCUUUUAUAUUCCAGUGUGGUCUCAUUAGAAAAAUUGCAUAGUGUAAGUUCUAAAAAUUUAAUACAUUGUUUGCGGAAAAAUUUCGUGUAUUUUUCUUAAAAGUGAACAGUGGCCUACAUUUUCUCAAUCACAUAUUCAUUUUUAUUUACCCAGAAAAUCUUUUACGCACAUUCAAGAAAGGAUUAAUGAAAUAUAAUACGUCCGAACUUAAUUAGAAUUUAUCAUUUUUUUCAGUGACUGUCACAAUAUGUCAAAUGUCAAAAUAUGAAAUUGAUUAUAUUUUUUUUAAUGUGAGAAUUUGAUACCAGAGUCACUGAAUACCAUUAAUAGCAUGGUAUAUUUUCAUUUUAAAUAGAUUUCCAGUCUCCUAUCUCAAAUUAAAUACUUUGAUCUUAAUCAUCAAUUGUGACGAUUUCCGUUAAUCUUUUAAAAAAUAAUAGAGAACAUUUAACAUUAGUUCUCCUUUAGGCUACUGAUUGAUGAAAUCGGUUUUACACACUUGUAAACAUUAUGUAAAAUCUCCUUUUUUAUUUUCUAAAUUCAAAUGUACCUAAUUGAUACAGCAAGAAUAGGUUACUAUUGUAAAUACAAAAGUUGAGUAAUAUAGCUAGUUGACUUUUUCUGUUCAAGACUCUGUCAAUAAAAGAACACAAACUGAAUCAAUUUUCUUGAAAUUUUUAGUAAAUUAAAGACUAGCAGUCUAUUUUUUCAUAUAGUAUAUAAAAUGCAUAUUAACUAAUAUAUUAUGUCAAUAUGUAAUAUCUAUAUACUUGCAUAUAGAAUAAAAUAAACUAAUAUAGCAGUCUAUUCUAAUAGACUGCUAAUCUUAAAUUUAUUAAAAAAUGUAAUCGAAUUAGUAAUUGCGGUUUGUGAUGGAAUCCGAAAUUGAUAAAUGAAUAUGUGUUCGUGUGCAAAAAACGCAAGUACUGAAUGAUUGAUUGUUUGUGUAUGUAGUAGUGUGGCUCAAGAAUGUUAGUUUUGAUUGCAACGCACAAAAUAAUUGAGUGUUUCAUGAAAAGCAGAUUUUAAUAACUAAAUUGUAAUCAUACUUUCAAUCUAUUUAGUAUCUAUUUAUAUAAAUAUUGUAUUACUCCUUCUAUAGAAGUGUUGAUAAAUUAUGUGACUGGGCUCUAGUACAGUAUUUUUAUAUGUAUUCUGUAUAGUUACAUCACAAUCUUGCAGAAUUUUCAGAUAUAUUAUGCAAAUCUCUAAAGCAUUCUAUUUAAUUACUGUGUGCGGAAAAUGAGUUUGACUCCUUUAUUGCAAUAAUGUAAUUUUUCUAUAAUUUCCAAUAUUGGCUUUUGAAUUAGCAUCGAAAUAGUGUGAAUCAACUACAGAGAAGUUUUAUUUUUUUCUCUUAAAGCUCUGAUCCUUGAUGGCAUAGCAUUUAUUCCUAAGUUGAAUAUUUAUAUAUUUGUUUCAUAUUAGUUGAUCGAAUGCAAAUUUAUUUAUUGAUAGGUUGAUAUUUCACUGGAUGUUUUAUUACAAAAUUUGAGUUACUUUAUUGAAGAUCAUCCUGUACACUAGACAUGCAUUGCAUAACUCGGGUCGCUAAGUGAUAAUAAUACAUGUCUACCUUUUGGAAUAAUUAUAAAGCAAUAACAUUAUUGACUUCAUCCUUUUAUAAAUAAAGUGAUGUGAACUAUUUGUUAGUGUAAUUUGUACCUUGGCUGAAAUAAUUAUUUAUUUUAAAGGUAGCCUACCUUAUUUUCUAUUUAUUUUAUCUCAGAAAGUUGUCUUAUAACCACAUCUACCAACUUUCUGUGAUCAUUCGUUUUUAUAUUAGAACAAAAUACUUAUUCAAAUAAAACACGUUUAUUGAGCUUAGAUGAGAAGCAUGUAAAUUCUUUGUAUAAAAUAUAUUUUUAUUAACUAUAUUGUCUGGCAUUCAUUAGUGUUAUAGUUCAUCAUUCUUCGACUGAUUAUAAUGUUGAAGAGAUCAUUGUAAAUACGAUUAUACCUACCUAGCCUAUAUAAUGAAUAAAUCUUUAUUAUGAAAAUGAA